AGAGACGUGAAUGCAACCCUGUACUUCGGCUAGCCAACAAAACAUUCAUAUAAAUAAUAAUAAUAAUAAAGGGCAGCGCACAAACCCAACGGCGUCAUCGCAAUGGGUUUUCCGCGCAUUCUCAGCAAGAACCACAAGAUCUAUACGAAACUGGGCGAGUUUUGUUUAUCCGGCGACAGUUUCUGGAUCGUCUGCCACACAUGCCAGGAAGAGCUGCAAACGCAGGACGCCUUCUGGAAGCACAUACAGGAUGAGCAUAAUUUUCUGCAUGGCGUAGCCAAGCAGGAGCAUAAUCGCAGCAGCAGCAGCAGCUAUUGCCUAGCGGACGUGGAGUCAGCAUCGGCGGUCACAUCGAACACCACCUCAGUGCAGACGGCGGGCAAUGUGACAACGGUGGCUGUUCCCGUUGCCCUCUACAAAUACACCGAGGAUGAGCAGCGAGAUGUGGCCGCUGCCGUUGAGUUGCACGAAGCACAACAUCAGCAACAGCAGCAGCAACAACAGCAUCAGCAGCAGCAGCAGCAGCAACAACAUCAGCAGCAGCAACAACAUCAGCAUCACCAGCAUCAGCAGCAGCAGCAACAUCUUCAUCAGCAGCAGCAGCAACAACAACAGCAACAGCGGGAUGCCGCCAAGGAGCUCGCCGAGUUGCAUGCUGUGGCCGCAGCUGCUGCUGCUGCUGGUGGGGGUGGUGGUGAUAGCAGCGCACACAGCAGCAGCAUUGGCGGUGGUAUUGACAUCAAAGUGGAGCUGACGCCAGAAAUGCAGGUGGCAGCUGCUGCUGCCGCGGCCGCCUCGUCCAAUACGACAAUCUACCAUUUGUCUCAGGUGGUGCCAGUGUCAGCGCCGGCGCCGCCACCGCCGCCACCAACAGCAGCAGCAGCCAGUAGUUUUCUAAGCGGCGGCGCUGGCAGCGCAACAGCCGCAACAAUUGUUGGCGUAAGCACAACAGCAACAACAACAGCAGCAGCGGCAGCAGCAGUGACAACAGUGCCACAGCAAUCACAGUUGGGCAGUGGCAAUAAUGCAGGAGCGGUAAUGCAACAGCUGGGCCUGCCACUGAUUGCCGUCGCCCAGGAGCUGGCGCCGAAGGACUCAAAUAGCACAACGGCCAGCGCGAGCAGCGCUGUCUCAUCCGAUGAUGGGGAGCGUUGGUAUGUGUGCGACUAUGGCACUUGUGGCAUCAAGUUCAAGUACAAGUCGCGCAUGGAGCUGCACCGGGUGGUGCACAGCAAGGAGCGGCGUUUCAACUGUGAUAUGUGCAGCGCCUCCUUCAAGCAGUCCUGCAAUCUGUCCACGCAUCGCAAGAAGAAGCACUCGCUGAGGGGCAUCAAGAGCGAUCUGUUGCCGCAGCGUUUCUAGGCGUGCCACAUGCCACAAACCAAAAACAAACACCAGCAAACAAAACAAACAACAAAAAAAUGGGCAGUGCAAAUUUUGUUUUUAGUGUGUAAUUCCCAACCAAGCCUCCCCUCCCCGCCCCCAACCCCCAAUCUCCCUCCCUUCUGCAACUUUGCCGCUUUCAUAUAUACACAUAUUGAUACAGUGGAACCUCCCUAUAAAGUGCACAAGUUUGUAUAUAUGUGUGCAGUGUUUUAAGUUCGAUGCAAUUUGAAUUGAAUUAAUUGUCUUAAACGUUAUAAAUAUUUGAGUUUUAGUUGUUAAGCUACAGUAGUCGCUCGCUAAUUGGAACUGUUUGUCAUUUGUCAUUAAGUGAAGUGUGUACUUAAUUAUUGUAUUGUUAUUGUUUCGUGCUUUGUUUUUUCUUUUCUUCCGUUUUUGUUUCCUAACAUUUUGAAGCGGAAAAGAUUCAUCGGAUAGAUUUAUUUAAUUUUAAAUAACGCAUAUUUUUAUACAACAAGUUGAAUAAUGCUAAUUGCAAAUAAGAAUUAAGUCUGAAAUCGAAGUGUUCUAAUUUUGCAGCGACAACUCUAUUUUUAUUUUCCCCUUUCUUCCCAUCCCGCCCCAUCCCCUUUCAGUGCGAGUGAGGUUAUGUUAACCUCCGUUUUGCAUAGUCUGUGGCAAAUUGAAAUACUUAACACACACACAAACACACACACACAUACAUAUAAUGAUGAUAAAUGAAUGUAUAUGUAUAUUUAUGUAAAAUUACAUAUGUUAUAUUUCUAGCUGUACGUACAAUUUUUAUGUAGUUGUUAAGCAUGACUUUUUGGGGCAGAAAGUAACCGUUAGUUUAAGUCACAUCUAAAAAUAAAAUCUAUGUUAAUCGUCGUAUUUUAAGCAGCGAUCAGUGGAAAUGAUUGGAGAACAAGAAUAAGAAGAAGAAGAAGAGAAGAACCAUUAGUCAGUUGUGUAUGUGUAUGUUUAUUACAUUAACAUUAACAUUAGCAUAUUCCCCAAUAUGUAUGUAAUGGCGAUCAAAACCAACCACAAAAAUAUACACCUUAAUGAUUGUUCAGAAA